GAUAAUCUGCUUUAAAACGAUAAUGUAUAUCGAAGAAUCGAAAUCGCAAAGUAGUCGCGGUACGUCUGGUACUUUCAAGACGAAUUUCUUAACAUACAUCAAAAACGAAUUUUUGAUCAUUUUCAAAUAUUAUAUAAAAAAAAAAACCGUUAUUAUUUGAUAUAUAUGAAUUUAGAAUUAUUGAUCGAAUAAAUAAUUAUUUUGAUAGAAAUUGUCGAAUAACACUUUUUAAUAAACCGUGCGAUGCAAUCACAUGGGGAAGGCGAAAGAAUGUCAACGAUCAAUAGUAUUACGAAAAUGAAUUGGUGAUUCGUAUGUUGAAAAUUUUGUGCACAACAUGGUGUCUGGAGAUCACGAAAGAUUGCUGCCGGAACCGGAAAAUUAUGUGAAAUGUUUUUAUGACCUUUUCAAAAGUAUCGCAGAAGCACAGAGAAAUAAAGAAGAAUGGAGAAAAUGUAAGAAAAAUAAAUCUAUUCGAAAGAGGGAUAAGAGAAAGAUUGAUUUGAGUGGAGAUUUAAAUUAUAAUAAUCCACCAGAGAUAGAAUUAUCUUGCAAUGCUUCUGCAUUUGCUGUAUUUGCUAGUGUUAGGAGUGCUAUUUUGGAGAGGCAUACUAGAACAUCAAAUGAAGUUUAUAGAGUAUCAAAUUGUAAUUCUCCACCAUCACCGGAACAUAGUGAAACUAUCGAUACUGAAAGUGAUGAUGAAGAUAGAAUAUCAACUAUACAGAGCUUACCAAAGAUUGUAGGUAUUGGUUUACGAAGCGUUUUCACAUUGAUGAGAGAAAGUAGAACAAUUGAACCUGCUUUGUGUACAAAAGCGUUAUCAGCUUUAUUGGAUGUAUUACAAGGACAACUUCCUGAAGGCCUGAAAUCUGAACCAGAUGAUGUUAUUGAUCCACUUUUUGAUCUAUUAUUGGAUCUUGCAACUUCACAUGGGCCAGAAUCAGCAGCUGCUAAUGAUGGAAGUCAUUUAACUGCAGUUGCUUGUGCAUGUUUAUUAAGUCUUGUGGUUGUUAGAGGUGAUACUGGUCGUUUGUUAGCAGCAAUAGCAGCUUUACUUAUGUGUCCAAGAGUAUUAGCAAUUCAAAAUAUUCAGAUGCCAUGUGUAUUGACAUCUUUGCAAAGAAGUGUACAAGCUGUUUUACUUGGAAAACUUGCACGGCCAGACUGGAUUACAUAUGGAGUUCCUAAAUGUGCUAAGAUUUAUACGCUUAAGUUACCAAAUGAGAUAAAUAAUAUAAUACUAAAUGGGCGAAGUUUUGUGAGUGAUGGAAAGUACCUGUAUCUACAUACAAGUAGAGGAUUAUUGAAAAUUGGCAGUGGUCAUGGUGGAACUAUUUGGGGUCAUAUGUAUAUUCAGAAGGCGGACUUUUAUCCAACGGAAACGGGUUGGCUUGGUUAUGCAAAUAACACGCUGUAUUUUAAAUAUACACCUAGAAAACAGAGCGAGUUAUUAAUUAUAGAUGCGGAAACUCUUACAGUUACGGAAAUUGCUGUUUUAGAAGGUCGUGAUUGGUCAUCCUCCGUUAUGUUUUCUGAUGGUGAAUGUUUAGGAAUGAUAACUGCAGGAAAAGAUGAUGGUUUUGUAGUCAGAACAAUAAAUACGUUAAGUAAUCCAGUAACAGUUGCAUCAGAAUUACCAUUAAAAUUAGCAAGAAAAUGUGUAGAUGUUUUCGGGUAUGCUACUUUCGAUGAAGAACAAAGCACUCAUACAUUAAAUCCAGGCUGUGAUGAUGAAAUUGCUACAGUUAUUGCAGGAAAAGAAUUUGCGUUGUUAAAAACCGUAUCGGGAAAAGUUCUAUAUAGCGGAAAAGGAACUUCUCUUGGUAUGAAAAAUAACACAAGGCCUAAUAGAUGGAUGGAAUUAACGCUUGGAAAAGGUCCAAGACUUAUAAAUUUUGCAGCUGGUCAUGAUGGUCAACAUGUUGUAAUGGUAAUGGAUGAUGGUUCGGUUUUAUUUGCUGGUACUGCUAGACGUGGAGAAGAUGGUGAUAAUAAUAAAGUUAGGCGACAACCUAAACCAGUCAAACCAAAAAAAAUAGCAAAAGUAGAAGGGCAAUAUAUUGUGGAUGCUGCUUGUAAUAAUGGAUCAACAGCAUUAGUUACAAAAGAAGGUUCUUUGCUGAUGUUCGGCAAAGAUACGUUGCAUAGCGAUCCGGUUUCGGGGAUAAUUAACGAUCUUAGAGAUGUUUGCGUUGUUCAUGUUUCAUUAGGUAAAGCUCACGCUGCAGCAUUAACUAAUAAAGGACAUUUGUACACAUUUGGAAUUAAUAAUAAAGGACAAUGUGGAAGAGAUUUUACUACAGUUCAUAGCACUAUAAAUAAAGAUACCUCCUCUGUUGCUGUAGAAAUGGGUACAGCAGAAGAUGAACUUUUAGUAACUGAAGAAGAUGGUAUGGAAUCCACCGAAGAUUGGGAAGAAACAAAAGGUAUGUGUCCGCCUGGAUUACAUCAAUGGAGGCAUCGUGUUUGUAUGGUUUGCACAGUAUGCCGAGAAUGUACUGGAUAUAGCAUAUCAUGUUUAAGUAGUAUACGCCCAGAUCGAAAUCCAGGCCAGGAAUGUGGAUGUGGUGAAGGUGAUAGUGGAUGCGCAGAAUGUGGAUGUUGUCGUACUUGUGCAAGAAAAAGUUGCACUAAUGGUAGAUCAAGUUCAAAUUUUCGAGAAUAUUUACAAAGAUGCUUGGGAGAAAUAAAACAAAAGCAGAGAACGAAGGCAGGUCCGAGUACUGCAAAAUAUGGAAUGAAGUUGAAAGGUCCGAAUAAUCAAAGAUUGGCUGGUCCAAGUGUGAUCCAAAAAAUUGCUGGAAAAAUGGCAUUAGGAUUAGGUACUAAUUUAAUGAACGAGGAAGGUAUUGGCGGGAGUGAUAUUGAACGAGGUGAUGCUGCAAGAAUUGCUAGUAUACCACCAGCUAGAGUUCCUAUACCUAAUGAAAGUCCCGUGGUUCAAGUAUCAUGUGGUUUACAUCAUACAGUGGUACUCUUACAAAAUGGAGAAGUUUAUACAUUUGGAAGCAAUAUAUAUGGUCAGUUAGGUGUAGGAGAUUUGAUAGCACAUGUUGGACCAGUACAUGUUAAAUUACCAGGAAUUGCAACGCAAGUUGCUGCUGGAAGUAAUCAUACGGUUGUACUUACAUCAAAGGGGGAAGUGGUUACAUUUGGAGCUUAUCAAAAAGGGCAAUUGGGGAUAAAUUGGUGGAAUGGACAAAAUGAACUUUCAAAUUCUUCCUCUCAAAUUAAUCGUCGUUCCGAUAGAACACAGCCACGCCAUUGUUUCCCAACUGUAGUUCCAAAUAUUGGUCCACAAUGGGGCAGACGAGCAACAUGGGUUGGUGCAAGCGGAGAUCAAACUUAUGUCAAAAUUGAUGAAAUAAAUUCUAUUAGUUUAACACGGAGUACUGUUAUGGCAAAUAAAAAUUGCAUAAUUUUAAUUCCGCAUCAAACUGAUCAUGCAAAUUCCUUCAAAUGUUUAGUUAUAAGCAAAAGAGAUGGUACAUGUAAUAGUUAUAGCGGAACUGAUCAAGUUGAUUUCAAUAAUUGCGCUACAUGUUUAGAUCCUUUAUAUAACGUGAUUUGGACUUUUAAUCCUAUAAAUAGCGAAAUAAGUUUAUACAAUAUUAUAUCAACGGAAGUUAGAACAAUUCCUGGACUGGAAGUUUCCAUUUUGAGUCCAGGUUUAGCUUUACCUGUAGUAUCGAAUUGUUUCGUAACACGUUCUCAGGCUGCAAUGCAUUUAUUGGGUUGUUUAGACACCCUUACACAAGCACAAGAUGAAAAUUUCUCUAUAAUAGAAGAAAAUGAAUGUAACCAAUCAACACACGGAAAAGUUUAUAGUCGUGAAGAUUUUGUUACCGUCAAUAGAUUUGAAAGCCAUGGUGGUGGUUGGGGAUAUUCUGCACAUUCAAUCGAAGCUAUUAGAUUUAUGCCUGAUACUGAUAUUUUACUGGGUGGAUAUGGAUUGUUUGGAGGUCGAGGAGAAUAUACGGCAAAAAUAAAACUCUUUGAUAUUGGAAUGGAUGGAGGGGAUCAAGAAAAUGAUGGCGAGCUUUUGGCAGAAUCUGAAGAAAUACCGUACGAGUGUGGACCGCGGCAAAAAUAUUCAAUUUUAUUUUACGAACCAAUUCCUUUGCAAGCAAACAGAUGGUACGUUGCAUGGGCUAAAGUCAGUGGUCCAUCUAGUGAUUGUGGAUCUGGCGGUCAAGGAAUGGUCACAGCGGAAGAUCAAGUUAUGUUUUAUUUUAAAUCUUCGAAAAGAUCUAAUAAUGGAACCGAUGUAAAUGCUGGACAAAUUCCACAAUUAUUGUAUCGUAUCGUAACACCCGAAAAUCAAACUCCUAAUAGGCAAAGGGAUCGCAUCGAGCCAGUUUAUGUGUUAAAAAGAGAUUUCAGCAGAACGGUUACUAAAGAAUGUUUUCAAUCAUUAAUAUCUCUCCUUCAAUGGAGUUGGAAUACAUUAAAAGCAGCGUUAAGUGAUAUCAUGGUUCAUAGCACUUCUUCUCACGCGCUUGAAGUGGAGCGUUUAGUUUACAUUAGUAAAGCUAGUUUACGAUUACUUAGAAUCUACACCAAUGAAAUUUAUCCAAAUCAAGCGGGGAAGAAAACUCCAGCUGAAUCGGUUCGAUUAGCAGAGUGCAUAGGGGAGGUACGCGCAUUAUUACAUCAAAUUUUGUCCGAUACUGUACCAUUAAAUGCGAAAAGCAAAGGAAAAACGCGAUUAAACAAAACUCCUAGUGCCAUAAAUAAUAAUAAAAUGACAAAUAGCAUAUUAGAGGAAUGCCACAGAACAUUUGUAGCUUGUUAUCAUGUAUUUUAUCCAACAGCGUAUUUGAAAUGGGUGUGUUUAUGCGAGCUGCUAUCAGAAAUCGACAGAGAACAAGGACGAUCUACGAAGGAUCGAUUGUUAUCUGCCAUUUUAGCCGCUCUAUGCAAUCCUAUUAUUCGUCUUCGAUGUAUAUUUCCAAUUUUAAAUAAUGUGAUGGAUAGUAGCGAUAGUAUAAAACGGCAACUCAGUCCAUCCGACAAUACCGGCUUGUUAAUGAUAAAUUCAACGGAAAGUCAUCAAUAUCCAAUCUUAGUCGAGCAAAUUAGUUAUAAAUCUCAAAUAGAAAGUUCCGGGAAAGAGACUUUAAACUGGUCAUUUCGCGAUGUCCUCGAUAGACUGUUAGAUUUGAUUCUAGUCCCUGUAAAGAAAAGUCUUUGUAGAAAGAAGACUCAAUCACUGCCAGAGUUGGUACUUCAUUGUUGUUAUUUAUUAGCGCGAGUGAUCGCCGAAUUGGCGGCACAGUCUAGCGGGAACGAGGACGAACUUCAAGCCGCGUGCGGCAGAAUUAUGUACACCACACCUUCGAGAUUUACUCGUGUAAAUCAAACAAGGUCGUGGAAUACCGGUAACGGGUCUCCAGAUGCGAUUUGUUUUUCGGUCGACAGACCUGGUAUCGCCAUCGCGGGUGUGGGUAUUUACGGAGGUGUUGGAAUGUAUGACUACGAGUUGGAAUUACUCGACGAUCAAAAUAAUACGGGUAAUGAUCCAUCCCAUACUCAACGUUGGAGUAGUUUGGAUUUUACGCGUGGCACUUUCGGGCCGGAUGAUUGCGUUAACGAUAUAGUAGAAUUAAAAUUUGAUAAACCUGUGCCUAUUAAGGAAAAUAUGAAGUACGCUAUUAGACUGAGAAAUCGAGGAGGACGUACAAGUAACGGCGAUGUUGGUUUGAGUGUCGUUAAAGGACCCGAUGGAACCACGUUCACCUUUACAGCUUGCUCUUUAAGCUUUAACGGUACAACACAGACCAGAGGACAAAUACCUCAUAUCCUUUAUUACUCGAAUCCUCAAGACUCGGACGGUCAACAAACGAGCAAAGCAAUGGCUGAAGUACAGGCAAGAAAAUGUGCCCUUGCCAUGACAGCUACGAUUAUUCAAAGAUCGAACGAAAUUUUCGCAUUGGCGAGGGAAAGAGCGGAAGAGGUAGUAGCGACGGAAGUUCUUGGCAACGCGACAUUCGUGACAACACUUUUACCAUUGGUUAUGGCACACAUUAGCCCUUUGGCUACGUCGGAUCCGAGAAGCGGUGUUCAAAUUCUUACUUUGAUACAAGAAAUGUUACCUCACGUCGCGGCACUUAAUUUAUUAUCCACAAUGGGAUCGUCUGAAAUAUCUCAGGACAACGAGGUCCAGCCCCACAUACCUACGCCAAUAACCACCAGUCACCACUACACUUGGUUGGAAAGCGAUCAUCCUUAUAAACCUGCUACAGUGUCUCAUUACAGAGUCACGUUUCCAGAAACCGUAAAAUGGUUAACCAUAGAAUUUACGCCAGAAUGUGGCACGGCUCAACCAGAAGAUUAUUUACAAUUGUACAUACCAAAUAUAAUUUCUCUUACCGGUGCAAUAACAGAAGAUAUACCCUUACAUUGGCCCGUGUUGCAUAAAUUGAGCAAUAUACCGAAUCAAUGGCCUCAAAAUGCGAUCGUAUUACCAGGAAACGAAGUCAUGUUUUCCUUGGAAACUGCUUCCGAUUAUAUGAGAAACGAUAGAGCGAUUACGUAUGGGUUUAAAUGUCUAGUUAUCGGAUACGAUUGGAUAACAUCUGGAAACGGCUUAAAAAACCUAGAAAUUGAAUUAUCGUUUCUCGGAGGUGCCUGCGCUGCAAGCCUCAUGAAGAGAAAUCUUGCGCUACCACCUGUGUCUAACGAGGAAGUGGAAGAGGAUUUGGAGCUGAUGCAAGAAACUGCAAAGAGGAUUUUUUCCGUACAUUCGACCUUACUUGGACGAGGAUUCGCUCUAGCUUCACCCCCUACAGUUUCCCAGGCCCUCGAUGGCGUUCUUCCGUUCAGUGGUCACUCGAACGAACGGCUGUUUCUCCGAGACUUCGUAUCUUGCACGGCUGGCAGCAGCGGGGGUCGUUUGGCAAGAUGGUUACAGCCGGACAGUUUCGUAGAUCCCUCGAAAUGCGAGGCGCUUUACUCGAAGGACGACAUGAAGUGCGGAUGCCCGGCCAUCGUCACUGUACACACCAGAGAUCAGUACGGGGAUAUCGUUCAUGUACCUAAUUUAAAGGUGGAAGUGAAGGCAGUUCCUAUAGAGAAAAAAGACUUGGGAGAUUCGGAACGAGUUUCUCAACCGGACCCGUUGACGUUCGGCGGCCAUCCCCAGCCGCCGUUGGACGUGCCGUACGAGGUCACGAUCAACAACAAGACGUGCUUCUACGCGAUUACGAUCAUGAAGGCUUAUCAAAACUAUUCGUUCGAGGAGUUGAGGUUUAUGUCACCGGCUAUAAAAAGAACGAGCGAGAGCAUGCUGGUCAGGCCGAACGACGAUGGAAGCUACAGCGCUGCCUGGACACCGUCAUCCGUCGGAUGGUAUUCACUCGUCAUCACCAUAGACGGAUACGACAUGGAAGAUAAAUACAAGGUCGAGGUGAAGGAAUCGCCGCAAGGUAUGCAACCGCCCACCCAAAACGUUGUGAAGAAACCGCAACAUCAGCCGAGCAGGCUUAGAAAGUUCGUGGCGAAGAACAGCGCUGGGCUGAGGAUAAGGGCGCACCCGUCCCUUCAAAGCGAGCAAAUCGGCAUCGUUUUGGUCAACGAUACCAUAGCGUUCAUAGACGAGAUUCACAACGACGACGGCGUUUGGCUACGACUGAACGCGGAAACGAUCAAGGAGUAUUGCAGCAGCAGCCACCUGGAAGCCUGGUGUUUGCAGUACAAUCAACAUUUGGGGAAAACGUUGCUCCUCCCCGUGGAGGAACCCAAGUCGAUCUUGGAUCAAGUGAUCAAGGAGACGAUAUUACGGAAGAGGCCGGAGAUAGUUGACGAUAAAAGGAAGACGGUCACGUUCGACGGUGGUAGAAACAUGGUGGUCGUGAAGUGCGGCGCUUCCGGCCACAAUAUUAGAAGUAGGCCGGGAUUGAAUGCGGCACCGGUUGGCAAAUUAGCGCUCGGAAACACGGUCACCAUUCAAGAAUACUUCGUGAACGGCGAGGGGACGUGGGUACGCAUGGACGACGAAUCGAUGGCCAAGUACUGUUUCCGGAAAGGCCGGGUGGCCGAGGGCGAGGCUUGGUCCCUGGCCGUGAGCAAGCACGGGGUCACCUACAUGAAGAUCGAGCAAGACUUGGAGAACGAGCCGAUGGAAAGGAAAACGGCCGCCCCGGAUCCGUCCCUCUCCUCGCCCAAUCACCACCACAAAGGUUUCGAUUUUUCCGCGCCUUCCGUGAGUCACGAGGGCUUCAAUUUCACCGCUCAAAAUUUAACACCAGGUACAGCAGACUGUGGAGAGGGUAGUAAUACAAAUCCAUACGUUUUCGGUUCGUACAACCAACACGAUUCACCAUCAGGAAGCGACAGAUUCACCCCGGAGAAGGCCGACGUCUCGCCCAAGUUCUCCAAGGCCUACUCGAAAGAGAGGGUGGUGAAGGAGAGGGAGAGAGAGGGGGGCGGCGGGAAAUUGAGCGUUCUGCAAAAGUGGUUGAGAGGCGACGACAAGUGUCACGGGGAGAAAAGAAGUUCGCCCGGCAAUUUUGCCAUUUGCAGAGAUUUCUCGGAAUUCGUCGGCGUGUCCGUGAAGGAAUUGGUGAAGGCGAUCGGGGAGAGCCGGGCAAACGGUAACGGGCCCACGCCACCGGAGACACCGAGAAGAUUGUCGAGAAGUUCGUCGCCGAAGAAUCCCCAAGGUGGGUCACCAAGAUUUCACAGCCCGUCCUCUAGCCCGGUUCCGAUACCCGCUGGGUCCAGUCGGCAGCCAGUUGGUUCUGGUAAUUGCCUCUUCCCUCCUGCUGCUCAUGCACCAGGUGGGAGAAGUUUGAUAGGAGGGGGAGAUAGUAUCAGCAGCAGCCCUGUGCUCUGUGGCUCCCCCCGAAGUGUCGGCCUCUCCCCAUUAGUCUCCGGUGGGAUGAUAGACAGCGAGAGGUCGCAGCGACGGGGAUCGACGCAAAGCGACACAAGUGCCUUGGUCAGUAGUCUAACUAGGGACCCUUCGCAAUCUCCAAGUGCCGUCAGCACGACUGCCAAUACCCGCGACCUCUCUCCAAGCCCAAGCUGCAGCUCUUUGCACAUGAGAUCCGAGGGCAGUAUAGCCAGUCCACCCGAUACGCCGAAGCAAGAAGUCGUCGGGGAUUCGCAAGAGAGUCCGAAGAGGGUUUCGCAGGCGCAAACGCAAACGAGUCCGGACAGCGCGACCACGGCGAUGAAGGGACACUUCAACAUCGGCUCGACGGGGCCGAAAGACGGGGCCAAGUUGGGCAGAAGGGAUCACGCGAAAAUAGCGAAGACUAGAACGAAACGCACCAUGUCCCCGACCAACAGCCAGCAAACGACGAACACGAAUCGAGCGUUGAAUCUGAACAAGGACAAGGUGAAGGAAGCAAUCAGCCCGUCGGUGGCCGAGUGCUUGAGAGCCGUGUUCGCGGCAUUCCUCUGGCACGAAGGAAUCGUGCACGACGCGAUGGCUUGCGCCAGCUUCCUCAAGUUUCAUCCCAGCUUGCCGAAGCAGGGCGCGCUCGUGGUCACGAGGCAGGCGGUGAUACAGACGGCGGACAAACAGAGGCAGCAGGAGCAGAAAGCGCGGCAGAGGCACUCGGUCGAGGUGAUCAACGCCGGCAAUUACUUGUACAUACAGCCGAGCACGGUCGAGGCUCUGACGCGGUCCGCGGCGAACGCCAACGCGAACAGGAACAGGAAGAAGCAAAAAACAGUGAUAAAGGAGGAGGUGCAGGAGAACGCGAAAUUGGACUCUCUGCCGGAAUUUCAAACGGUCGCCGUACUACCGCCGGCCCUCAAGAGUCUCGUAUUCUUGUGGGAGGAACUGAGCAGCAACUGUCUUCAAACGAUAGAGCAGCGAUCCGUGUUGCCCAGCCCGAUCUCCCAGAUACAGACGAUGAAGUUGGGGAAACGGCCGGAGAAGCGGCCGCGGGAGGACAAAGCGAAGGAGCGCGAGAAGAAGAACAGUAGAAAGAAGAAGGAGUGGAAACCGGUCGGUAGAGGGAACGGGAGCGAGGUGUUGGGAGGGAUAGAGCGUGAGACGAUCUGCGAGUUGUGCGGUAUGAUGUUUCCGCAUCCAGUGACAUAUCAUAUGAAAAUGAUGCAUCCUGGCUGCGGAUGGCACGCAGGUGGGAAAGGGUAUAACAGCGGGGGGAAUUAUUGCAUUGGUUGGGCGGGGAAUUGCGGGGAUGGCGGUAUCGGUGGAAGUUCGUGGUACCUUAUCUGCGACACGUGUCGCGAUAAGUAUUUGCGGGCGCGGAAAUUGAAGCUCGCGAAAAAGUUCUUGACAGGAAUGACGAAGAAGAAGAAUAACGCCUCUGCCAAAGUUGUGUCACCAGUUAGUAGCCCCAGCGGGAACGAAACGCACAUAAUUAUGAAGAACAAUGCUAUGUUUCUCUUAGACUUGGCUAGCGCGUCCGGAUUGAAUAUCCCGAAACAGCAGAGGCGACCCUCCCAAACAUUGUCGUCCGUGGCAGAAAAUUACAGUCCGCCGGAAGCAGCUGGACCGUUUCCACCGACUGGCCCGUUCCAGUGUUUGCAAGCAUUGGGAGUCCAUCAUUCGCAAAGCCACGACGAGAGAUAUUACGAGGAGACGUUAAGGCGUCAAAACGGACAUCAAAAUGCGUACGAGGGCAAUGUGAUGGCCAACACUACGAACGGAAGGCCUUUGUCGGAAUGCCCUAUGAGCGAUAGCGACGGGGAAGGUGGUAAAGGUCGUGGGAUAUUUCAUAGAUCGGUAUCGAUGUCCACUGGCGCCCCAUGGACCAGGAAUUCGAACGAUGGUAGAGUCGUCAUGAUGAGAAAACGAAACAAUAGUAGCAGCGAAAUGAACACUGAUGCUGGAUCUUCUCUUCUGUGUUACCCUUCCGCAGCUCUACAAAAAUUAGUGCCAUCGAUGAAUCAGUCGGCAAUUGUCUCGACGAAUCAAGAAGAAGAAGUCACGACUAACGAUAGAAUAGAAAUUCUUAUGAGGCCUGUGAUGCUUUUUGUCCUCCAACAACAUAAUCUGCAACAUCUCCAACUUGCAAUGAAGCAAGCGUUGAGACGCGCUGCUUGUAGAGUUUAUGCGAUGCAAGCGUUAAACUGGUUGCUAAGAAGUGUGACGCAACCUAUUUGCCUUCACGAUUUGCUGUGGUGGUUCAUUGCAUCUCUAACACCUACUAUACCACCUGAUAUUCCAGACACAAAUGACGAAGACAAUAAAACUGAUAAAAAGGAUGAUCACGAGAUGAUUGGCGUGUGUGAACAUCCUCUAAGCGAUCUUGUCAUAGCAGGUGAAUCUGUUAAUCCAUUACCAACGGUUUUUCAUACUUUAUUGCAAACUAUAGCAGACUUGAUGCUUUUACCACCCCCUGGUUCUCCUUUGCAACAAGCUGCCAUUCGAUGUUGGGGCAUUAAAUUUACACCUGCGGAUCAUAUGUUCCUCCACAGAAGUCAUGUUUUCAGUAACAUCAGUAAAAUACUCUCAAGAUCGGAAGAGGAGGAGGAUAUUACAAUGAGCAUGCAUGAAAGUCAUCAAUCGAUUCAUUCCCAACAAGUUAACAGUUGCGUGGAAGUCUUGAAGGAUUUAACGUGCGGUGUUGAAAUUAAAGCAUCGAGUAGGCAAGCUAUGAUAGGCAGUUUGACUGAUAAUUCAACGGAAACUUUUUGGGAAUCCGGUGACGAGGAUCGAAAUAAAACAAAGACGAUAACUAUCAUUUGUGGCGCUCAUUCUCUUCCUCGAAUGGUGUACAUUCAUAUUGAUAACUGUCGUGAUCUAACGCACAAAGUAUCUAGUGUUACAUUUCAGUCGGGUAAUAAUGUGGAUGAAAUGAUCAAAUUGAGAACUGUAGAGGUUGAAAGCCGUUCCGCUGGAUGGAUUAACUGUCCAGUCACUGAUCCACGUCAUGUUAUUGUCGGUCUAAAAUUGAAAGGUCCGGAUAAUUCUUUGCGUGUACGACAGAUACGAAUUUUAGGUGAAAUUGAAGGAGAAUCUUUGAAAAUUGAGAAACAAUUGAAUGCCCAAACGAUUCAACAAAGAAAUUGUGAAACGGAAACAUUAAAAGUAUUUCGUUUAAUUACUUCUCAGGUAUUUGGCAAACUUAUACAAGGUGAGCAACAACAACAACAAAUGGACACUACGGAAGGAACUAACGAAGACUUGGAAGACAGUAAUGAUCUUCGCGAGCACAUGGUUGGAAUUUUAUUCAGUAGAAACAAUUUAACCCAUUUACAAAAACAAGUUUGUACACACAUUGUCCAAGCUAUUCAAAAAGAAACGAUUCGUCUGAGAGAGGAAUGGGAGGCACUAUUAUGUUCUCCGACUCCUGCUAAUAGCCUGUUAAGUGAUAAUAGCGAUUUGCCUAAAGCAGCGGAUGCAUAUUGCUUUGAAAUGUUAUCCAUGGUACUAGCCUUGAGUGGUAGUUCAGUAGGACAGUAUUAUCUAUCGCAUCAAUAUGGAUUGUUGAAAGAUUUGUUGAGUUUGUUACAUACUGGAUCGGCAAGAGUGCAACGUCAAGUGACAUCUUUGUUGAAGAGAAUUUUACCAGAAAUUAAACCAGAAGUAUUAGCUAAUGUUAUUAGUGUCAAACGAUUACCACCAACAGAUUUUAGUAUUAUAUCCGCAAAUAAUGGCCUUUCUCAUAAUACUGAAUUUGAUGAACAUUCCGCGGGAAUUCUUGACGUUUUCUUAAGUUGUAUUGCUAAGGCACUCACUGUUCAAGUUAAAGUAAAAGGAAAAGAAAACAAUGGGAAAGCCUUGCAAAGUGUAUCAUUAGCUACUAGUAUUCAUCCAAAAAGUCAAGUUGGAACAAGAUGGUGGUUGAGAGGAUGUAUGACUCGAAAAUUAGCUGAAGUGAUAAUACAACUUUUGAAAGAUAUGGCAUCGGGAAAAUUGUCAGAAGCAUGGGCAUCGGUGACUAAAGCAGCUAUUGCGGAAAAUAUCUUAAAUCUUACCAGAUUGGAUGAAAGAAGCCGUGAUCCAACUGAAUGUCUUAAAACUCCAACUUUAUGGCUUGCCCUUUCUUCCUUGUGCGUUUUAGAUUCUGAUCAUGUUGAGAGGUUGUCUUCGGGUCAAUGGAGCGGUACUGAAGGACAACCGCCACCUCCUAGACCAACGUGUAGUAAUCAUGACGAUGGCGAAACAACAGCAAUUAUUCAAUGUAAUGUUUGUGGAAAUUUAUGCUCAGAAUGCGAUAGAAUUUUGCAUUUACAUAGAAGAACACGUAUGCAUAUAAGACAAGUUUGCAAGGAGGAGGAGGAAGCGAUACGCGUAGAUCUUCAUGAAGGAUGUGGCCGAACAAAAUUGUUUUGGAUUUUGGCGCUUGCCGACAGUAGAACGUUAAAAGCUUUAGUGGAAUUUCGUGAUGGUUCGCCAAGAAAACCCGUUGGUGCUACAUCUGGAAUUUGCAGAUUUUGCGGUACUACUGGAAAUACAGGUUUGCUAGCUGUAGGAAAUAUCUGCGCAGAUCAGGAUUGUCAAGAGCAUAGUAAAAACGCGUGCAGCAAAGUACACGUAUGUGGACAUAUUUGUGGAGGAGUGCGAAACGAAAAGAAUUGUCUACCUUGUCUACAUAGAUGUUUACCAGGCAGUGAUUUGAAACAAGAUGCUGAUGAUAUGUGCAUGAUUUGCUUUACGGAAGCUCUAUCUGCUGCGCCUGCGAUUCAACUACAAUGUGGACACGUUUUCCACUUGCAUUGCUGUAGGCACGUUUUAAUGAAAAGAUGGGUGGGACCUAGAAUAACAUUUGGAUUUUCUCUUUGCCCAAUUUGUAAAGUUCCAAUGGAACAUCCUACUUUGACUGAUCUAUUGGCUAAUAUAAAGGAACUUUACGAAGAUGUCAGAAGAAAGGCCUUAAUGCGGUUGGAAUACGAAGGAUUGCACAAAGCGGAAUCAACAUUUGGACCGGGAGGAAGAUAUCAUGAAGAUCCUGCUGCGUACGCAAUGGAACGUUAUGCGUAUUAUGUUUGCUACAAAUGUCAGAAAGCCUAUUAUGGUGGUGAAGCACGAUGCGACGCACAAGUAGGUGGAGAAACGUUCGAUCCUACAGAAUUAGUUUGUGGAGGUUGUAGCGACGUGGCAAGGGCUCAAAUGUGUCCGAAGCAUGGAGCAGACUUCCUAGAGUAUAAGUGUCGUUAUUGUUGCUCGGUGGCAGUCUUCUUUUGCUUUGGAACUACACAUUUCUGUAACCCCUGCCACGACGACUUCCAACGAGUCACCACCAUUCCAAAGGGUGAAUUACCUUCGUGUCCUGCAGGACCUAAAGCAAAACAACUCGAAGGGGACGAAUGUCCUUUACACGUUAAACAUCCACCAACUGGCGAAGAAUUUGCGCUUGGUUGUGGUAUUUGCCGUAAUGCGCAUACUUUUUAAGAUUCUAAAACAACCUGAUUUGACUAUGGGACGAAACUCUUUCAUAAUUUAUACUUCAUAAUUUGGCACGAUAGAAGUUGCUCUUAAAACUAUUGAAUCUUACAAAUGCAGUAUAUAAACGAAUAUAGUUCGAUAUAAGUAUUCUCAUAAU